AUGACCGGUAACACACCCCGAACAAGUGUCCACUCUGGACAACAAAAUGAUCUUAAUUCGCCCUCGGAUGGAUCGGCCCAUGCAGCAAUAGCAAUGAACAGUAACACUAAUGCUACCUCUGUCGCUGCCGCCAAGAGGAGGUCACGCAGACGAGCCGCCUCGUCAAGUCAGAAACGACGAUGCAUUAGCACAGCAUGCGUUGCUUGCCGCAAACGCAAAUCAAAGUGUGACGGUGCCUUACCCAGCUGCGCCGCUUGCGCGAGCGUGUAUGGCACCGAAUGCAUUUAUGACCCGAACUCGGACCACCGCCGCAAGGGCGUCUAUCGCGAGAAGGUAGACGCAAUGAAGGCACGCAGUGCCACUUUGCAGGUUCUUGUUGAAGCUAUUCUCAAUGCCUCGGAAGACGACGUUGCCUCAGUCGUCGACAGAAUUCGCUCUUGCGAUGACCUAGAUUCUCUGGCCCAGACAAUUGUCAACCAAGAUUCGGAUAGCGGAGCGAACGGACCUGACGAAGUGGACGAGGAUAGUGUCGAUUUGUCAGCUGUCAAGGGUGAGGAGGAACUGGCCCGCAAAAUGGGUGAGCUUCGAUUUGAGAACGGGUCCGUACGCUUCAUUGGUGGCACUUCUCACCUUCUUCACCUGGGAGAGUCUCAAAAUGAUGCUGUUGAAUCAGAUCUCGAACCCGGGCAACAACUCACUAGUGACGACCCCAUUACUUCAUGGACGCGAGUCACCAGUGACUCUAACCUCAUCGCGCACUUGAUGAGAAUGUACUUCAAUUAUCACUACUCAUAUUUCACCACUCUAUCUAAGAAGCUCUUCAUCAGGGACUUCACAACAGGUCAGGCAAAUGUGGCUUCCCGGAAUUGUACGGCAUACUGCUCGCCUCUCUUGGUCAACGCUAUGCUUGCGCUUGGUUGUCACUUCACUGAUGUUGCCGGGGCGUUUGUGAUACCGGGCGACGCUAGAACUAAGGGUGACCAUUUCUUUGCUGAAGCCAAGCGUCUUAUCUUGGAAAAUGACGAAUUUGCCAGACCUCGCCUCGUCACAGUUCAGGCAUUAGCACUCAUGUCUGUGAGAGAGGCUGGCUGUGGCAGGGAGGCCAAGGGAUGGGUCUACAGUGGAAUGAGCUUCCGUAUGGCUCAAGAUAUUGGCCUAAAUCUCGAAGUCACGGGCUCUGACAGAGAGCACAUGUCUGAAGAAGAAAUUGAUGCCAGAAAGAUCACAUAUUGGGGUUGCUUUGUUUUUGACAAGUGCUGGUCCAAUUACAUGGGGAGGCUGCCUCAGCUUGUCAAGACCACAUGCAACGUCACAAAGUUCGACAUUGACAAUGACGAAGACUUGUCCAUGUGGUCCCCAUUAUCGGACAAGGGCCUCGACAAAUCGUUUGAACAGCCGUCAAGAACACGGUCAGCGGCGUUGCAACUCACCGGCCUUUGCGAGAUUAGCAGCGACCUCAUGGUCUUCUUUUACCACCCCAAUCACAUCAGGCGGUCUCGUGGCAAGUCCGCUGAGCUCAAGAAGCUGAGCGAAAUCCAUCAACGUCUAGAACAUUGGCGCAAGGUGUUGCCCAAGGAAUUUGAGCCAGCUGAUGGCCAGCUUCCCAAUGUCAUCCUCAUGCAUGCGUGCAUCAUUCACCUGCUGAACCUCCCAGAGAAGACCGCCAGGCGAGAUAUCAUACACGGCGUCAAGCAGCUGGAAGAGAUAGCUGAUGACUGGCUGUGCGCACGUCGCACUUUGACUAUUCUAAGCGUUCUUGCGAGGAAAUGGGAGUGCGAAUUACCAGAGGAUGCUGCAUUUGUCCUUAAGAGGGCCGAUGAGAAGUAUGGAUACUACAGCACAUCGGACGUGCCUUCUCCGGCAUCGAGCCACGGCACAUUAGGCGUGAUGUCGGAUGAUGCAAUGUCAAAGUCAUCAGAAGAGCAAAGCCCGUUAGGACAGUUCAGUCAGGCACAAAUAACUCCCGGUGUCGGCUCCGGGUAUAUCGGUGACGGCAUGUCCAUGCUGCAGCCACCUCAAAUAGUGGAAGGAGUACCAGAUCGACCGUCUCAUCGGGAGCAAACUGCGCAACCAGAGGGCAUGUCUCUUGGUUACAGAAGUAAUGUGAUGGAGCGGUGGCUCGGAGAUGGAAAUCCUACUACUGAAUCGCCAUCGGUUUUUGGGUCACCAUUUUUUCCAAUUGACCAUCAGGUACCAGAACCCCAAAACAGUCACCAUGUAGGACCUCGGCGCAUGGCUGGAUUAGCUGGCAAUGAACCUCCUAACGGUCAGGACUGGAUGCUCAAUGAUGGAGCCAGAUGGCAGCAGAGCUUUGAAAGUUGGGGGGUUGAUGUCGGCAUUCCACCAAACGGAAUUUUCAUGUUCAACCAGGACCGAAACAACGGAUUCAAUCAACCUGCUGCAGGAUACCACGACGAGCAGGUACAACUGACGUUCGAAAAUCUCAACGCAUCAUUAAAUGGAAGUAGCUGGCUCCCUGGUUUGGACUGA